GCGCUACCGCGGCUCGAAAGGACGAUGCAGUGAGGCGGGCUCGGCUGGCGGGCGUGCGCGGAGCGGGGGCCGCGGGCGCGCUGCAGAGAUGUGACUCGGGCCCAGGGCCAGCAGGAGCGUCGGCGCUGCGGGGCCGCGAGGGUCGAAUCUUCCUGGUGUCAGAGAGAAAGAUGAGAACCCACCAAGUGUUCCCCCUGCCCCUGCUCCUGGUGAUUGCCUCGGUGGCUUCAGAGAACGCCAGCACAUCCCGGGGCUGUGGGUUGGACCUUCUCCCUCAGUACGUGUCCCUGUGCGACCUGGACGCCAUCUGGGGCAUCGUGGUGGAGGCAGUGGCCGGGGCGGGGGCCCUGAUCACACUGCUCCUGAUGCUCAUCCUCUUGGUGAGACUGCCCUUCAUCAAGGACAAGGAGAAGAGGAGGCCCGUGUGUCUCCACUUCCUCUUCCUGCUGGGGACCCUGGGCCUCUUUGGACUGACAUUUGCCUUCAUCAUUCGGAUGGACGAGACGAUCUGCUCCAUCCGACGCUUCCUCUGGGGUGUCCUCUUCGCGCUCUGCUUUUCCUGUCUGCUAAGCCAGGCGUGGCGGGUGCGGAGGCUGGUGCGCCAGGGCACGAGCCCAGCCGGCUGGCAGCUAGUGAGCCUGGCACUGUGCCUGAUGCUGGUGCAGGUCAUCAUUGCCACCGAGUGGCUGGUGCUGACCGUGCUGCGUGACACCAAGUCAGCCUGCGCCUACGAGCCCAUGGAUUUUGUGAUGGCGCUCAUCUACGACAUGGUGUUGCUGGUCAUCACCCUGACACAGUCCCUCUUCACACUGUGUGGCAAGUUCAGGCGGUGGAAGGUGAACGGAGCCUUCAUCCUCAUCACAACCUUCCUCUCUCUGCUCAUCUGGGUGGUCUGGAUGACCAUGUACCUGUUCGGCAACUCGAUCUUUAAGCAGGGAGAUGCCUGGAGUGACCCCACCUUGGCCAUCACCCUGGCAGCCAGUGGCUGGGUUUUUGUCAUCUUCCACGCCAUUCCGGAGAUCCACUGCACCCUCCUCCCACCCCUGCAGGAGAACCCACCCAACUACUUUGACACCUCACAGCCCAGGAUGCGGGAGACGGCGUUUGAGGAGGACAUGCACCUGCCUCGGGCCUACAUGGAGAACAAGGCCUUCUCAAUGGAUGAGCAUAAUGCAGCUCUUCGGUCAGCAUCGGGCUUUUCCAAUGGAAGCUUGGGGAAAAGAUCUGGCGACAGCCUGGGAAAGAAACCCUGCAACCUGGGAAGCCGACCCAGCGCGCCAUUCAGAAGCAAUGUGUAUCAGCCGACCGAGAUGGCUGUCGUACUCAAUGGCGGGACCAUCCCAACCGCUCCGCCAUCUCAUACAGGAAGACACCAUUGGUGAAAGACCUUAAUAUCCAGAAAAUAAGAAUCUCUCUUACCGAUUUUA